AAUAUCAGUCAGUACUUUAACUCGAUGGCACAAACAGUAGAUACCUCUACUACCUCUUACAGACUUUAACACAGCUGAUCACUGAUCAACUGUUCAACAACUGACAUGAAACUGAUCUUUAUCACUUUAAAAGAGGGUCUAUUUUUCAUAAACAUUUCUGAGAGAAUCAUACAAGGAACUAUGUUUUAAGAAAGGUCCCAGAUUUAUUCGGAUAACGCUUUGAAGCUGCCUUCCAUACCCACUGAGACACCAUUUCUUCUGGAUGUGGAGGAGACGACAGAGCUCUGGGCGUUGUGUUGGUGCUCUCCGGUGCAUGAGCACCCUGGCUGGGACGGCCCGUCGGCCCUGGACCCCGAGCACCAGUGGUUGCCGGGCGGUACAGGGGGUGGGCAGAGCGCCAUGGUAACGCACAGUAGGUUUGACAGCGCCAUGAGCAGCAGCCCCUUUGAAGGCGGCGUGCGGCUGCCCCCCCACCGGUACAAAACCUUCAGUUCUAGGGCGCAGUAUCAGAUGGUGCUCACAGCUGCACGCAAACUACAAGAGAGUGGCUUUUACUGGAGCACCGUGAGUGGGAAGGAGGCCAGCGCACUUCUGAGCGCAGAGCCCUCGGGCACCUUCUUAGUGCGUGACAGCUCAGACCACCACCACUUUUUCACACUCAGCGUGAAAACAACUACAGGCACCAAAAACCUGCGCAUCCAGUGUGACGCCAGCUCCUUCUUCUUGCAGACAGAACCGCAGAGUAAACAGGCGGUACCGCGUUUUGAUUGUGUUCUCAAACUCAUCCAUCAUUACAUGCCCUCUACCAAUGGGACGGGGACCUCAUCCAAGGUCCAGGCUAAAGGGAACAGUGUUGUAGAUGGUGGAAGUGCAGGAGAUGGGAGUGCAUACUUCAUUUACUCUGGUGAUGAGAAGAUCCCUCUGGAGCUACUGCGUCCACUUGCAUCCAGCAUGUCUAGUUUGCAGCAUCUUUGUCGCAAGACUUUAAAUGGCCAUAUUGAUGUGUCCACCAAACAGGACCAGCUGCCUCAUCCACUCCAAGAGUUCCUAGAGGAGUAUGAUGCUCCUAUCUAGCUAUUAUUUAGAGCCCCAGAUGUGUUUUAGAUUAGAAGGGCUACGUGCACAGAAGACGUGCAUGCCAGUAAAUGCCCGCAAUGGUGCAGAAUUGCGUAAGUGGAGAUUGACUGCGCCUGACCUCGUGUGUCUGUCAGUAUUGCAGGCCAGAUGUGCCUUCGACCUCUGGAUUGUGAACCUUUGGCAGGGUAUGCCAUUGGAAGGACAGCCUGAGAUAUGUACUUCUACUUAAGUGGUCGUGGCAAGGAUCUGACAUCUCAGUUGCUGUUGAUAAGAACGGAUGCGCAGAUCACAUUUGUUGUCUCUUUGUAUCCUGUUCUGUCUGUCACUGGCCAGUCUCCAAGACAGACUGCUGAAGAUAACCACAAGUGAUAGUUGAUCAGUACAGGAGUUAAGUGUGCUGCUAUGGCUACAGUCCAGCUUCUCGCCAUUGAUCGAGAGAGGCUCCCUCAAUCUGUUUUAUCAAGCUCAACAUUUUUUACUUUCUCCUGGAAGGAAAACAUUGGUGUUUGCGAUGACGAACACAAUUCCACUGCUUCUUGCCAAGCGUAAUUGCCUCAUAAGUGGGCGUGGGGGUGGCUACUUACCGCUCCCAACUGACACUGCUGUGUCUACUCUGGUGACUGAAAGAAAUGGGUCAAUACAAGGGACUAGAGUCAAAGAACGCGUGAACCGUAUGAACUGGACGAGAGGCCUGUAACUUUGGACAGUUUCAGCCUCUGACCUCCCUUAGCCCUCUCUGGAGAAAACGGCCCCUGAGGACAGCUCAGUGGACUGUUACUUUGUAACUUGACAGGAGCCAAAGCAAAUAUUAGAUUAAUUUGUGCUAGGAAAAGGCAGGCAACAACUGAACAACAUUUAUGAUUAAAUUCCAAGUAGAUAUGAACAUAUACAUAAAUUGACGUUCAUAUACUGUGAAACAAAUACAAGCACAGUAUGUAAAAUCUUUCUUAACUGAUUUAAUGUGGUGUUUGACAUGUAGGACUGUGCUUCUCUCAUCACACGGAGAGGCAUUUGUAUUUUGCGCUCAUGAAAAAUCAGUUAUGCUUCAAAACAAUGACACAGUGUUUGUUUCACUAGCAGGACUUGACGUCUGCUAUUCACUGAAUGUAUUCUGAGUCUAUGGAAGGGCUUACAGUUCCACUUGCAGAUUGUCUUUUUGUUUCAUAUUUUGUCAAAUCAAGGUGUUUACAUGUGUGGCCACCAAUAGGACAGCAUGUUUUCUACUGUCUUUUAUAAAGAUGUCUCAUCUUAAUGUCUGGUCUGAUGACCUCAGCGCAAGCUUGAAGAUCAAAAAACAAAGGCAUUAAAAUAGAAAAUGCAGCAAGAAACUUUGCACAUAUUUAUAUUUAUAAGAUGUUUCCAUAAUUUAUAUUAAAGAGCACUAUUUUUACAAAACGGAUCCCACUGAGUGCCUCGCAUUCUUGUUGUCGACUGCAACUUUAUUCGCCCAGACCACAGUCUGCAUGCACAUGUUAAAAAUGCAUGACUUAUAUUGGACAUUUGCUGUAGAAAGCAUUGUUUUCCUUCUGUUGUAGGAACGCACACACGUGAGAAAACCACAACUGCUCUUGUUUUCAAAAAACAUGUCUGAGACUUACCUUGAGGUGUGUGUGAGAGUGUUUACAGGAUGUCACUGAGUGCAUUCUCUUUUGAUCAAAGUUACACCAUCUGCCUUUCUCUCCAGACUGAUCUUAAAGGGAUAGUUCAUCCAAAUAUGAAAAUUAAUUCCUCAAUCACUUGCUCUCAUGUUGUUGUUUCUCCAUCAUGUUCUGUGACUUUUUUCUCCAAUGUAACACAAAAUGAGCACAUUAGGCACCAUUCACUUUUAUUUUAUGGAAUUUUCUUUUUAUGAAAAUGAAUGGUGAAUAUCAGUCGUUAACUUUCUACCUAACAUUGAUUGUCCCAGGUAUAAAAGAAACCCAUACAUGAUUGGUACAACUUUGUUUUUAUUAUGAAAAAAAAAGAAGAAGCAUAAUAAAAGUAGCAAUGUGGCUCGUACAAAAUAUUCCAAGUCUUAAAAAGUCAUACUAUAGCUUUGAUCAAGGAACAGUCCCAAAUUUAAGAUUGACAGUCAUGGUCACCAUUCACUGUCAUUGUGAAGUGUCAACAUUCUUCUAUAAAUAACUAAUUUUGUGUUCCAUGGUAGAAAGAAAGUAAUUCAGGUUUGGAAUGACAAGAGCAUGAGAUUAUUAUUAUGUAUGUGUGCGUGCAUUAUUAUUAUAAGUUAUGACAUUCAUUUAAUUGUUAAGUGUAGUAUACCCUUAAUAUCACUAAUCCAAUUAUAAAGUUUAAAUUAAAGAAAUAGUUCACCCAAAAAUGAAAAUUCUCACAGUAUUUACUCUUUCUUUUUAGUAUUUAAUUUUUCUUACUUUUGCUGAACACAAACAAAUAUUUUUAGAAGAAUAUAUCAGCUCUGUAGGUCCAUACAAUGCAAGUGAAUGGUGAUCAUGCCUCCAAAGUGGAAAUUAAGUCAACAUAAAAGUAAUCCAUAGGACUCCAGUGUUUUAAUCAAUGUCUUCUGAAGCAAUCCCAUUGGUUUCGGGUAAGAAUCUUGAUUUCAAACUCGAUUACACUUCCUAGUACUUGACUAUGCGCAGGGCGCUCGAGCUUGAAAUCAAGAUCACCAAGGAGACUGCUGCCAAGAUGUACAGUGAAAAGGGUGUUAUAUUUUGGUUUUAUGGAUUUAUUUAUGCUGACUAUUUCUCCAUUUUGGAGUUCUGGUUACCAUUCACAUGCAUUGUAUGGACCUACAAAGCUAAGAUAUUCAUGUUUUAACCGUGCGUUCUCUGAACACGCAGUAUGUGAUUGUGCAUAGAAUUAUUUGCACUAAUUAGCGAGUCCUCAAGGUGGCAACACUCACAGUUGCGCCGUUGCUGUCACAAAGAAGAGCUAGAAGAUUUAAUCACUGCUAAACAACAGGAGACUAAUCUGAAAACAACAACAGUGCAGGAGGUCAGGAGGAAAUACCUGCAUUUGUAUAUAAAUCAAGUCUGAAGGAAUAUAAAAACAUCUUUAUGAUUCUAAACACUUCAUUCGAAGAUACAUAGUGUAGUCUCUCAUAGCAGUAGUACCGUGCAUGCACAAACUGCCUGUGUAUGUGCGUACAGUCAAAUGAAGUACACUUUGAAAGGCUAGCAUUCCACUGUUCGCAGUCAGAUAAUAAGCGUUCAAUUCAAAACAGGAGUACUGUAUAAUUUGGGCUUUAUAGUGAGAUAUUUUUAAUUGAUUAAUCCCUCUCUAAUUCAUUUUCCCUCCAUUUAAGUAAAGGCUUUUAUCAGCUCUCUGUCCUCUUAUUAGAUGGUAAUUAACACAUUGUAAAAGCAGUAACUCACAAACCAUUAAAUGCCUAAGUAAAAAAAAAAAUCAAUAAGCCUUGAUAAAUUUCCUGAACAAACCCAAUACAGGCCGAGACGAUAAGAUUUCUGACUUGCAGUGCAGACUUUCAAUCAUGCUAGGACAAAAGCUCUUACACAAUUGAAAGAUAACCUGAAAAAAGCUUUUUUCAUUAAACAGUCCUUUCAGAAGUUCACAUUAAUUGACUUAGACUGUAGCAGUGUGGUCAUAUCUAUGGAUUAUUAUUUUGACAAAACUAUAUAUAAAAUAAUAGUAGGUAAUUCAACUAUAAAAUAAAUCCAGACUUGUAUAGGGUAUACAUUAGACAGAGGUAUUGAAGCAAGUCACAAUCAGCACUGAUAGAUUUAUCUUUAGCUACUUCAGACAGGAUGCAAAUCAAAAGUUUUUUUUUAUUUGCAUGCAUAGUACAUGAGAAGUCAAAUAAUGUAUCAUUUCAAUUUAUGUGGAAAAACAAUGAGUAUGAAUGCAUGUCUGUAAGUGCAGAAGUACUUAGAGAUUACAUAUCUACAGUUAUGUACAGUAUUUUAUUAUUAUUGUAUUAUAUACAGUACUGUGCAAACGUCUUUGGCACUUAAGACAUUUCACAAAAACAUUUGUCUUAAGAUGGUUAUUUAUAUCUUCAGCUUUGAUGUGUCAAUAGGAAAUAUAAAUUGUAGACUCUUAAACAUUUCUUUUGCAAAUAGAAUAGAUUAGAAUAACAGGGAUCCCUGCAACAGAUGGCAUGGCCCCAGGGGCGGUUUUACGAUUUCUGAGGCCCCAAGAAUCCGACCAAGCCAGGGCCCAAUUUUGAAAAUGUUUGCUGAAAAAAAAUCACAUAAAAUGUAUUUUAAAUAAAAAAUUUAAAAUCAUCCUAUCAACCAUUGUAGCCAAGUACAUUCAAAAUGUUUAAUGAAAUAAAAAUCUUGUUAAAGAUAAUUAAUGCAUGUAUUCCAGUUUUUCCACAGUGAUAAAAAAAUAUAUAUUUACCUACUACAUGUAUUUUUACGAAACAAUAUUAUUUUUUGUGCAAAACCUACUACUUCACCCAGCAACAUUAUGGAAUUCAGUUGUUAUUUAUACAUUUUAUAACCAAACAAUUAUUUAUUGUUGUCCAGUUAGUCAUUAUAACAUGAUACAGUAUUAUUAUUACUUUGAGGAUUUGUUGUACACAAUAGUAAUAUAUUCCUGUCUUAUUUACUUUACUUUCACCUGGAGUUUAUAUUCUGAUGUUGAGUCUGUAUU